AUGGAUAAACUGGAUCGUUUUCAAAAGUUGGGCACGGCUGGAGAGGGAACUUACGGUGUGGUCUAUAAGGCAAAAAACAAGUUAACUGGAAAGAAUGUAGCACUCAAGAGAAUAAAAUUAGAAAAAUUUUACCAAGAUGGUGAUUCAGAGGGUGUGCCCUCAACUGCCAUAAGAGAAAUAUGUUUGCUCAAAGGAUUAAGACACUCAUCGAUUGUAGAAUUACUCGACGUUAUGUAUACCACAGACAAAUUAUUUCUUGUUUUUGAAUACUUAGAUUUGGAUUUAAAAAGGUACAUUGACUACACAAAAAAACCUAUAGAAAAAGAUCUUGUUAAGAGUUAUAUGAAACAAUUAAUGGAAGCCAUGGCUUACUUACAUUCCCAUCGCAUUUUACACAGAGAUUUAAAACCACAAAAUUUAUUAGUUGACAAAGAGGGGCACGUAAAAUUGGCUGAUUUUGGUUUAUCGCGAUCAUUUUCUCUACCUACAAGGACAUACACACAUGAAGUAGUUACUAUGUGGUAUAGAGCCCCAGAAUUGCUCCUGGGGGCCAAGAUGUACUGCACUGGUAUCGAUAUUUGGAGUUUGGGAUGCAUUAUGGUUGAAAUUUUGAAUAAAAAAGCUAUUUUUCCUGGUGAUUCAGAAAUUGAUCAACUUUACAAGAUAUUUAAAAUACUUGGCACACCAACUGAAGAAAUGUGGGAAGGAGUUUCACUUUUUCCAGAUUUUAAACCAACUUUUCCAUCAUGGCCUGCACAAAAGCUAAAAGAUUUUGUUAAAUUUCAUGAUGAAGAAGAGGAAGAAUUUUUAAAGAGUAUGCUAAUAUAUGACCCUUCCAAAAGAAAGACUGCCAAAGAGCUAUUAAAGACAAACUAUGUAAGGACUGCUAAAUUAACGUCUCCAGAAAUGGAAGCUUUUCCAGUGGACAAGCAUGAUGAGGAAGCUUCAGAAUAA